UGAAUUUUCGCCAUCAAUUAAGCCGAAAAGCACGACGAAAAGAAAGCAAGCAAGCAAGCAAGCAAGAAGAACGAGAAUCAGCAGACGAGCCACCCUGCUUCGACUUUUGAUAUCGGGUUGUGUGUACACCUUUCCCCAACAAGCAACGCAAGCGACGAACGAGGCAACAGGCGCGAGGAGAAGCUAGCAACUGCGUCUUCUUCAGGGCUCCUCCUGUUGCUUUUUCCUGUGGUGGAUCCAGCAAACAGGCAAGCAAGCAAGCAAGCAAGUGCACAGCUUCUUCGUCGGACUGCUGACUCAUUCAUUCCUUCUGCUGCCAACAACACAUACAGCAGCAUAUCGGAACCAUGUCGAGCUACUCGUACCUGUUCAAGUACAUCAUCAUCGGCGACUCAGCCGUUGGAAAGUCUUGUCUGCUGCUGCAGUUUACAGAUCACCGUUUCCAGACAGUCCACGACCUCACCAUCGGGGUUGAGUUUGGGGCGCGAAUGGUGACCAUUGAUGGCCAUCAAAUCAAACUACAGAUCUGGGACACAGCGGGGCAAGAGUCGUUCCGGUCCAUCACACGGUCGUAUUAUCGCGGCGCUGCCGGUGCGCUGCUCGUGUACGACAUUACGCGUCGGGAGACGUUCCAGCACCUCGGCACGUGGCUCGAGGACGCCCGCGCACAUUCCAACCCAAACAUGGUCAUCAUCCUCGUCGGAAACAAGGCGGACCUCGAGGACAAGCGCCAGGUGCCGCGGGAGGAGGGCGAGCGGUUUGCACGCGAGCGCGGGCUGCUGUUCAUUGAGACAUCGGCCAAGACAGCCAUGAACGUCGAGGAUGCAUUCACCACCACCGCCAACAAGAUCUACGAGAAGCUGCAGCAGGGCGUCUUCGAUGCCAGGAACGAGCUGAACGGGAUCAAGAUUGGACCGCAGUACAACGCGGGGGCGCCGCCGGGCCAGAAGACGGUUGACCUGAGCAAGCAGUCGAAACAGGGCUCAUCCGAAGAGGGUGGCUGCUGCUGAUGGCAGCAGGUGGCAGUGGUGGUGGCAGUCGUUGACAAUGGUGGUGGCAGUCGGUGCUGUUUGAAGCGAUGGUGGGUUCCCGGAAGCAGUGGCUGCUGUAGCAGAUUGCGUUGCGUUGCUGUCUUUUGUAUGUGCAACUUGCAUGUGCACUGGAUGUUUGGGUCUGUGUUGUUGUCGUUGGCAGCCCUGUGUGGUGUCAUCUACACACACAUACACACACACACGUGCACGCUUACACACACACACACACACACACACACACACUCUCUCUCUCUCUCGUGCCUCUUGUUUUUGUUUUGUUGCUGUUGUUAUGUCAGUCUGCCGCGUGUUGGUUACGUUGCACUCGUGCUGCCCUUUCCCUGCUUGGUGGUUGUACGUUGUAGGCCUUGUUUUUGUUUUUUUCGUUCAGGUGUGCGUGCUGCGGUGUGGUGUGUUUUCAGUGGAGUGAGUGUUCAUGUUGGUUUGGGCGCUUAUGCUGAUGCCAAAGGCGAUGAAAGGCGAUGAAAGGACUCUGCUCGG